GUCGAAGUGAUAAGUGACGCAACAGACGUUGCAUAAAUUUCACCUCCGCCGGAGCGGCGCAUUCAGUGGCGAGUGGCUUUGUGGAUUGACGGUGUGCUGCUUUACGGCUGGAUCGCGGUGACUGGUGGUUGGUGGCCUCUUCGCAUUCGAUAACAGGUCAAAAUGCAGAUCUUUGUGAAGACCCUGACUGGCAAGACCAUCACCCUGGAGGUGGAGCCCAGUGACACCAUUGAGAAUGUGAAGGCCAAGAUCCAGGAUAAAGAAGGCAUCCCCCCUGACCAGCAGAGGCUCAUCUUUGCAGGCAAGCAGCUGGAAGAUGGCCGCACUCUUUCUGACUACAACAUCCAGAAAGAGUCCACCCUGCACCUGGUCCUGCGCCUGAGGGGUGGUAUGCAGAUCUUUGUGAAGACCCUGACUGGCAAGACCAUCACCCUGGAGGUGGAGCCCAGUGACACCAUUGAGAAUGUGAAGGCUAAGAUCCAGGAUAAAGAAGGCAUUCCUCCUGACCAGCAGAGGCUCAUCUUUGCAGGCAAGCAGCUGGAAGAUGGCCGCACUCUUUCUGACUACAACAUCCAGAAAGAAUCUACCCUGCACCUGGUCCUGCGCCUGAGGGGUGGUAUGCAGAUCUUCGUGAAGACCCUGACUGGCAAGACCAUCACCCUGGAGGUGGAGCCCAGUGACACCAUUGAGAAUGUGAAGGCCAAGAUCCAGGAUAAAGAAGGCAUUCCCCCUGACCAGCAGAGGCUCAUCUUUGCAGGCAAGCAGUUGGAAGAUGGCCGUACUCUUUCUGAUUACAAUAUCCAGAAAGAGUCCACCCUGCACCUGGUCCUUCGUCUGAGGGGUGGCUGUUAAUUCUUAAGUCUGCAUUCAUGGUGCGCAGUUAUAGUAUUAUGCUGCACAUAGCCAUUUGCCCCAGUAUAAGUUUAGAAAUUACCAGUUUCAGUAAAAGCUGAACCUGUCCAAAAUGUUAAUAAAGUUUUGUUGCAUGGUA